AACUGGCAGAUCCGCUUUUGCACCAGCUCCAGCUUCAGCUUCACUUAUAUACUGACUGGCCGGGUUCUCCGGACCUCUGCUCAGCUCUGUGCAUCAUAUCCAUGUGCGAGAAGAAGCGAAGAAGCACUGCAGCGAGCAACGAGAAUGCAACAAGUCCAAGAGCAGCCACAAGAUCCAUCCAGCUACAGAAAAGGACGAAAAAUUCAGUUCAAAAAUGGGCAGCUUCUCGUACAGUGGUGACUCUUGAACACACCAAACGAUAACUCGAAAAGUGUGGAAAAUACUGAUCAAAGCCCAUGUAAGGGGCUUGUGGUGUGGCCUCGGAAAUGAAGUGGUUCUUACAUGAGUGACAAGUGUUUGGCUUAGGGAGCCUGGUGAUCGCGAGUCGAGUCCUGAAUACAUGUUUUCAUGUAUGAAUUGUGUGUUUUAGUCGAACUUUUACGUCUUCAAUCCACUUUCGAAUUUCGGGGUCAAAGCUCUCGAGAAGUCAAAACGCCAAUAUAGUUAGAGAGAUGGUCCAUUUUGCACGAUAAUUCAAGACAGGUUGUGACAACCCACUGGCAAGCGAGCGUUUCCAACGCCCGAGUUCCACAACAAGUCCUGCUGUGAUAAUUCGGAAGAACAAGAAGAGAAAAAAAUAAUUCGGCUUUUCUUCUGAUCUGUCACAAGCCCAUCUUCCCCUCUGAUCUGACAGAAAAACCCGCCACGAUGGUGACAAUUAUAUGGGGAUGAUCCAAAGAGCCAAACUGUUUUAAUGCGACACCAUGUUGGGUCAACGGCGACUCUGGUGUCAAAGAUGUCUUCUGCUUCUUCUCUUGUUAAUGAAUACAAGUCGGGAAGCAUCAACAAAAGAGUCCAAAUCUCCUCUUCGAGCUCGGAUUUCAGGACUCACCAAUGGCGACCUAGUGAGUUCUCGUGAUGAGCCAACUUUGACUUGUGAGCUGGAGACGCGUGGUAAAGAGACUAUUGAUUGGUACCUUAACGGGUCCCAAGUUUCAUCCGGACGUGAUUUCUCAGUGACAAAUGGUCAAGAUGGGAAAUUGGAAUGUCGGUCCCGCUUUGGUGAUCAAGUUUCCCUGGCUUUUGUGUAUUUAAUUGGGAGUGUUCUGGAGGGAGAAGAAAUUCCGAGUAAUCCAAUUGAGCUUACAUUGAGCAAGUUUGGCAAUCCUACGUUGAUCAAAAACUCGUCUUUGACUCUCAUAUGCUCUUAUGACAUCUUGGAGAGUAAUGUCACGUCACCACAAAUAGAAUGGAUCCUUAAUGGGCAACCGAUGCCCACCAAUAACCCUAAUAUCAAAGUGGAAACUGAUUCUGAGGAGCAAGUGAGUAGACUGAAGAUCGCCCAACUGCAACCCAGCCAAGAUGGAAACUUCGGUUGCUUGGCCAGUCAGUCAGAUCGGGGCUUCUCACGGUAUCAAGAGUUGUCUGUGCAGGUUCGUUAUGGACCUGUUUUCACUUCCAAGCCCCCACCUACCCAAAUGGUUCAAUAUGGACAGGAUUUCGUGUUGAAGUGUGUGGCCGAUGCGUAUCCUCCUCCCACAGUGAUCUGGAAGCUCAACGGAACGGACAUCAACGACUUGAAGACCAAAGAUAGCUUCCAGAGAUUGGGCGACCAAAUCAGUGUUAAGGCAGCUGAGCCAGAUCUGGUCGGAGAAUUCCGAUGCUUUGUCCAAAAUGAGAUGUCAGAGAUUCAGGCCCUGGCUCAAGUGCAAUUGGCGUGGGAAUUGCCAAUAAUUGUGACUGAUUCCCUACCCGAGUUAGUCAUCCUCGAGGAUGGUGGCAUCAAUCUUCAUUGUGACGCCACUGGACACCCUGAGCCUCAAGUGGCUUGGAUACGUGAUGAAAGUGAGAAUGUGCGUUUCCAAGGAAAUGUGCUCGAGAUCUCUGAAGCCAAAUUUGAAGAGCACAAUGGACAUUGGACAUGCAUGGCCACUAAUGUAUUCGGUUCAAGCCAACGCCGAAUUGUCCAAGUCACCGUGAUUCGUAGAAGCCAAAUAUUUGCCAAUGAGACGCGGAUUCUCGGACAUCUGAACACCAACCUGACUCUGAAUUGUGCCCAUUACACUGACCCCCGUGUAUCGCAGACCCUAAUGUGGCAAAAGAACCAUCAGAGCCUUUCAUCCAGCACUAAUCUCACAGAGCUGUUCCUCCCUCGAAUAGGCUUGGGCGCCGCGGGGGACUAUAUUUGCAAUGUCUCCACCCCUUUCGAUAGUGCGACCCACACUUGGAGUGUGGAAGUGAUUCAAGUACCUGAAAUCCUCCCCCUCCCGUCUGAGGUGAAAACACUUCGCGGGAGAAAUGUGUCUCUUACGUGUGUAGCUAAUGGCAUUCCAACACCCAAGAUAAGCUGGUUUAGGACAGGAAAAAGUGGCUCUCAGGAUCCAGUUACCAACAACCCCACGUUAAAAGUCGACAUGUCCGUGAAUGACGCAGGAGCUCCCCGUAAUUUUAAAUGUUUUGCCUCGAAUUUGCACGGCAAUACGACUCGCGAAGUUUCGAUCAUCCCAGUCAAACCCACGGUGAUGACCAUGGCAAAUAAUACCAAACAUGAUCUCCCAGCUGGGCAGUCAAUCACGUUGAGCUGCUCAGCCAACAUUGAUCCCUUGCUUGCCCCUCGAUCUAAUCGCGUUUGGACAAAAAAUAAUGAACGGCUCAAUUUCCCUGCUGACGAGACAUUUGAGAUCAGUUAUCUGCGCGCUGAGCACUCCGGCAGUUAUGUGUGUACAAUUCACACCGAAGUGGACACCAUCAUUAUUUCACAAAGCGUAACCGUGCAAGCCAAAGCCCCCAAAAUCUUGACGAAAGUCAAGCAUGUAGGUGUGUUGAUAGGGAGUCAGGUCGAGUUGAACUGCUCAAGUGAGGGCUUACCGAAACCAGAAGUCACGUGGAAGAACGCGUCCGUGACAGUGGGUUCCUCCGCCCAUUUGAGAUUGAAGAACGUUUCCAAAGCUGAUGAAGGCGUGUUCUCGUGUUGGGCAGUUAAUGAGUAUGGAAGAGAUCAGCAUGAAGUCAGUAUUCAAGUAUUCAAGCCCAUCACCGUCCUCCAAAGCCCCAAAGAUCAACUAACAGAUAGUUUAAGCAAAGUGAUCUUCGAAUGUCGGUUCGAUAUCGAUGAGCGUCUUGUUAAUGAGACUCGCAUUCGUUGGAUUCACAAUGGAGAGUUGGAUAUGACGAACAGCUCCAAAAAGAUCUCUCGUGGGCGAGCCAUAAUUCAAGAUAAUGUUCUUAAAACUAAUGAAGGUACCUACACUUGUGAGGCAUCUAACCGACUAGAAACUCUCAACGUCACUGCUCGGUUGACCGUCCUGGGGGAGGCUCCUCUCUUCAUUUCCACUGAAAAAGAUGUGAGGGGUCUGGAGGAUUCAAAUGCCACUAUUGCCUGUCAAGCCAAUGGUCUACCAAUACCCAACAUUACAUGGACCAAAGAUGGUAAAAACAUUCUUGGUCCCUCCGCCGAACGCUUUGUCAUGUCAACAUUGGGCGAUUUGUCAAUCCGUUCGGUCCGUUUAGAGGAUCAGGGAACAUACGUCUGUCAAGCUCGAAAUAUUUAUGGUUCCAUCGAGACCUUGAGUGAAUUGCAAGUGAUAAAAAAGGCAGCGCAAGACUCCCGGGGGCUCACCCGAGAGCUAACGAAGAGCGUUCAUGACAAUGUCACUCUCCCUUGUGACGUUUCUUACGACCCCAGAAUUCACGAGGAGACAGAGUUCAUAUGGAAGCGAGAAGGCCAAGAGAAGCAUUUGUUAACGAAUGACAAAUAUAAGAUCAUGAAAAACACGUCCUUGUUCAUCAAUCAACUGACCUUGGAGGACAAAGGAGUGUAUGAGUGUACCGUGAAAACCCCAUUUGAGAGCAUAACUGUUAAAGUAUCUCUACACAUCAGUGGAGAGGCUCCUCGAAUUCUCUCGGAAUUGGACAAGAAAACCUUGUACGAAGGGGACAAUUUGCGCUUGAAAUGUUUGGUGCGUGGCGUCCCCACACCCAAGUUAGAUUGGCUUUUUAAUGGAAAUAUUUUAGGACCAGAAGUGUUGGAGUUUCUUCCAACAGGUAGUGAUGAGUUCAUGGAGGCGCAUGUUGUGAUUCCAACCGUGUCCAAAGUCAAUGAGGGUGUCUACCAAUGUCAAACCAGUAACUUGUACGGGUCAGGGGUGGCCAAGUUCAGUAAAGUGGUGGUGAUUCGUAGAACUGAGGUUAACAUCGCGUCCGAGGAUGCCAAAGAGCUGUCUAUUCAUGCUGGAGAGAAGUUGAAGAUCCCUUGUAACUUCAAUAAUGAUCCAUUGAACAGAGUGACCAACAUUCAGUGGACCAAAGACGGAAAACCAAUCGAGAUCAGUGCUCAAGAUCGCAUUGACUUUGGCAUUGAUGGAUCAAUCACAAUCGCAGAUGUGCAGAAGCGCCAUGAAGGCAAUUUCGUGUGCAAUGUGACCACUGUCUUGGAUAAUGCUUCAGAUUUUGUUGUCCUGGACGUGGUUGUCAACGCCCCAGUGAUAACCAGUCAUAGCGACGACCAAUUGAUCUUCACCGGGGACACAGUCGUGUUCCUGUGCCAUGCCAAUGGCAUUCCUGAGCCCAAUGUGGUGUGGAAAUUCAAUAAGACCAUGACUAAAACUAGUGGUAAGGAGUUCAAGAUCGAGAAAGCAAUCACUACCGACACUGGCAAUUACACGUGCAUCGCAAGGAACGCCUAUGGAGAAACUCGACAAAACAUGAUGCUGACAGUGGUUGGCAUCCCUGCCUUCAACUUGGAACACACGAUUCGAGAGGGAACAGGUUUGCUGAUCCCUUGUGUGCAACCAUCUGAGCAAGUCUCCUUGGCGUGGCGACAUAAUGGGGCCCUGAUUUUGCCUUCCAAAUCGUUUGUGUUCUCGGACAAGGGUCUGGAGCUAACAGCAGUCGACGAAGAGCAUACCGGGGUGUAUUCUUGCCAUAUCGAGACCGUUCAAGGUCAUAAGAGAGUGCUGCAAACUCUGGUCAAGCUCAAGCCGAACAUUCUACUGAGUGAGGGUGGACCAGUUGAUCUAAAAGAGGGACAAGACAUGAACCUGAAGUGCAAGACCAUUCCUGGGCUGGAUGCCAAAGUCUUGUGGAAGUAUGAAGAUCAGUUUUUCAUCCAAGGUGGCUCGAGGGACAUUCGGAAGAAGGGUUCUCUCUUGACGGUCUCCAAAGUUGAGCCCUCGGACUCUGGAACCUAUUCUUGCGUUGCCAUAGCCACCUUUGGCCAAGACACCAUUGAUUACCAAGUUCGCAUUAAUCCCAUACCACAAGAAGUGUCUGCCAGCUGUGAUCCGUCUCAUAUUGCCAAAAUCUCCGAUAUUACUACCAUGGACAACGUCACAGUGCUGGUUCAGUGGAAUCUUCCAUCCGUGAACCGCUCUUGUUACAAGCAUCAAAAGUUCAGUUGGUGGACCAAUCAAAGCCUCAGCGAGUUCAAAGAGGAGGUCUUGCCAGUUGAAGCAUCUCAAUUUCAGCUCACCAAUCUACGCCCGGAUGUGGGUUACUAUGUUCAAGUCAAUUUGGUGGCACCUUUCAACCAGCAAUCCUUUGGCGAGACCCGAUCGUUUGUCGUGGAACCAGUGUCGGCUAAUAAUGAUUUUGGUUUUGAAGAGGACUCCAUUCCUCUCUUCGUUCUGGCUGCAGUGAUUGGAGUGUUGUUAGUUCUCUUUCUUGUUCUCGUUUGCUUGUUCCUCAAAUGGAAAGCAAUAUCCAAUUGCCUCAAUUCCAAGGCACUCAAGGCUAAAUCCAAGAGCAAUCUGCACCCCGGUCCAAGCGUCUAUGAAAUUGGUCCUCCGUCUAAUCGCUUGUCGCUCCAAGUCAAUCCGGACGAUUUCAUGCAGAACUUGGCACCACAGUGGCCGGAGCCCGAACCAGCUUUUGAUGACCAGGACAUCAAUGAAAGGGGAGAUGAAACCGACGCUUUUUUAAAACCUGAGGCACGGCGGCACUCUCGAAAUUCCAUAUCGAGCUCCUGGUCUAGUUUGUUCAAUGUUCCCAAUAGUGGGACCGAAUCCAUUCGAUCCUCCACUGUGAGUAGUGGAGCGGGAGGGAGAGUCUCUGGUAGUCCGUACAAACCAUCAACGUAUUCAAAGGCUCCAAGAGUCACGUUUGCCGUGAACGGGAAAGGCUACAGGAGGGAUAAAUGAUGAUGUUCUUUCUUGUCUAUUUUUGUCAAAUAUUUAGAAACCGUUUAUCAGAAUAAACUUGAGCCACGUAA